AUGGCUGAAGGAUUUGAAGCAUAUCAUGUCCCACAGCAAAGCAGAAGGGAUAAGCUGAGGGUAGUGAAUCACCACCCACCGGGCUGCGUUGACAGCCUCCAAACUUGCGCCGCUCUCGUCCCUCUCUACGAGCCCUCGCUCAUCCCUCCCGAUUUCAUCAACUGCGCCACCCUGCAGCAGCGCCAGAGCUACAAUCUCGCCGCCGCCGGAGUCAAGGAAGAGGGCGUCAAUUUCAUGGGUUUCAGCGGCGGGAUGGGCGCCAAUCACAUGUACGCCGAUCCACAGCACCUCUCCGUACACCUCAACCCUAGCACUAUUCACGACAUCUACGCCUCCUACAGAGGAGGAGGCGUCUUCGAUCAGCCCUUCCACGGCGGCGGCGACGCUCCCGCCACGCCCAGCGGCGCCGGCCAGAGCCUCUCCCUGUCCCUGUCUUCGCACCACAGCAAUCUCCCGCUGGAAUUGAAUCUGCAGAGGUAUGAUUCACCGGUCUUCAGCGGUGGGAAGGUCAGCGAGGGCUACUUGGUCUCCUGCAACGGCGGCGCGGGGGCGGAAUUGUCCAAGAGCUCGGUGCCGUUGGGGCCCUUCACCGGCUACGCGUCCGUGCUGAAGGGCUCCCGGUUCCUGAAGCCGGCGCAGCAGCUGCUGGAGGAGCUUUGCGAUGUGGGGAGGGGGAUUUAUUCGGAGAAAAGCGGCGCCGAUUCGUCCCUUUUGGAUCCUCCGCCAUUGGAGAGCUUCAGUGGGAGUGAGAUUGUUGAUGACUCCGUCGCUAACGGCGACCAAACUAGGAAGAAAUCGAGGUUGCUGUCGAUGCUGGAUGAGGUUUACAAGAGGUACAAGCAGUAUUACCAGCAGAUGCAGGCUGCUGUUGCAGCGUUCGAAUCCGUGGCUGGACUGAGCGGAGCAGCGCCUUUCGCAAAUCUCGCUUUGAAGGCCAUGUCCAAGCACUUCAGAAGCUUGAAGAAUGCUAUUACUGAUCAGCUGCACUUCACAUCCAAGUCCCACGGCAAGAUCAACGUGGACAGAGAUGAAACGCAACGUCUGGAAAACUCGGGCCGGGGUUCGUAUGGCCAGAGGCCGUUUCACGCAGGAUUUGCCGACCAACCUGUCUGGCGCCCUCAACGAGGGCUCCCGGAGCGUGCUGUGACUGUCCUUCGUGCUUGGUUGUUCGAACACUUUCUGCAUCCCUACCCGACUGACACCGACAAGCUAAUGCUGGCGAAACAGACAGGCCUCUCGAGGAACCAGGUUUCGAACUGGUUUAUAAAUGCAAGAGUGAGGCUUUGGAAGCCGAUGGUGGAGGAGAUACACAUGCUGGAGACGCGGCAGAGCCAAAAGGGCUCACAGAGAGAGGAAGGGAGCGAUCAUCUGCCCACAAGCUGCUCGGUUGAGGGGGAAAACGCGUCCACUUCGAUCCAGAGAAGCGGAGACUUCCCCUUGAAACGCUGUCGGGAGGACCCGACCGAGGCUCCUGGAGGAGGUGUGGGGCAGCAGAUGAAAAUGCCGUACGACAAUCUACUGCACAAUCCUCAUCACAACAUGGGUGCUGGUUUGAGCAGUGGUGGUGGUGGCAGUAGUGGUGUCUCGUUGACGCUGGGGCUUCAUCAAAACGGUGUAGGAUUGCCCGACUCGUACCCGUUGAACGCAGCGCGUCGUUUCGGGCUGGAUUCACAUGGGGAGAGCUAUGUGGUGAGUGGAUUUGCAGCGCAAAAUCGACAGUUUGGGAGAGACAUUAUCGAUGGGCAGAUCAUGCAUGAUUUUGUUGGAUGAAUUGAGCAAACAAUGCUCUCAUCACUUAAGUUAUUGCUCAGAGAGGCUGCUGCUUCAUUUGGAAGCUCAUCAUUCAAGAAUGCUCUCUCUUUCUCUCAUCUGCUAUUAGUUCAAUAAUUUUUUUUCUUCACUCCUUGUAUGUAAAAUUCAACCAGCCACGCCUAUGACUUGAGGAUAGCUGUAUAAUCCACGCAAGUAGUAAUUUCAUGGAUGCUGCAUGAAAAUUGGUAUAUAGUUUAAUGUUGUUCAUUAAUUUAGACAACUUUUAUCGA